AUGAUGGAUAGAAGCCGGUUACGACUGGAUGGGACAAUGGAGGAUACGGAUGAAUCCGCACCUACUCACAUCGGACAGGAUGGUUCUCAAGGUGCAGAAUCGGAAAUGUGGGGUCAACCAAGUCCAGGUGGAACAACUCCACCCUCACUUCUCAAAAUUGGUCCAGGACUCGGUGUUGCAUUGCCACAGGGGCGCUGUUACUGUGUCAAUGCGACUGUCUUAUGUGCACGUCCAGGUCGCCACAUCUGGCAUGAUCAGGACUGUUACUUUGUAGACCGGUUGGAAACGGCCUACUACGCCCCGGAUGCCCGAUGGACCCCGGCGGGAGAUCCAUGCACAGAGUGUCGCUGUUUGCAAAAUCAGACUUACACGUGUGCCCCAAAACGUUGUGCACGAACAUUCCUCUGCCCGAAAGGACAACAACCACGAACUCGCAGAGGUGAAUGUUGUCCUUCCUAUUGUGGCGCCCCAACUCUUAUAGGUGAGUGA